GAUAACAAUUCGGCAAUUUUAUGACAAUGAGCAGUCAUUAAUAUAAACUAUUUAAAGACUAAACUAAAUACUAAUAAGUAAAUUGUAUAGAGUUCAUAAAUGUUAAAACUUUAAAUAAAUAUCAGUUUCUUCUUACCUAUUUACUAUUUACAUCAUUCAACAAAAUAGUAAAGUAAAAACAACCAAUAAAAUGGAACAUUCUCUAAUGGAAGAAGUAUCGAAAUUGCAAUCUGAGCAAAACGUCGCAGGUGUUUUAGUUUCCGACAACAGAGGUCUCUGCAUUUUUUCAUCUGGCGAAGUAAAAUCAGAUGCAAGUGGUCUUAUAUCUUACAUUGCCAGUCAUAUAUCAAAAUUGGAUGAAGCAGAACCUUAUCCAACUAUUUUGUUGAAAUCUGAUAAUAAGUCGUGUAUGAUCAAAGGAUGUGAAAAUUCUUCUAUUUCUGUGAUGUAUAAAAAUAAAUAACAUUUUAUAGUUUAUGUACUUAUUAUAUUUUUUUUAAUUUAUAUUUUAUUUAAAACUAUUCUAUAAUCUUUAUAAUAUA